UUCCAGUAGGUCCCACCGGAAAUGGUUGGAGUGAGGCGUCUUGACGAAGACGAACCAUCUCUGCUGAGAACCUGUAAACAAGACACACUCAGACACGUCGUUAGAAACCGGGUCGUAGCAGAUUACCGAGGGUGACACGGCUCAGCGUGAACACACGAUGGAGGACGACAUCGUGACGACGCUGAAGAUACUGAUUAUAGGAGAAAGUGGCGUUGGGAAGUCCAGUCUCCUCUUAAGAUUCACAGAUGACAUGUUUGAUCCAGAACAGUCGGCCACAAUAGGUGUUGACUUUAAAGUGAAGACCAUUUCUGUGGAUGGCAACAAGGCCAAGUUGGCAAUAUGGGACACUGCAGGACAGGAGCGCUUCCGAACCCUGACACCUAGUUACUACCGUGGUGCCCAGGGAGUCAUCUUGGUGUAUGAUGUCACACGACGAGAAACCUUUGCCAAGCUCGAUAACUGGCUCAACGAGCUGGAGACGUACUGUACAAGGAAUGACCUCGUGAAAAUGCUUGUUGGAAACAAGAUUGAUAAGGAAAACCAUGAGCUAGACCGGGCUGAAGGGCUGAAGUUUGCGCGAAAACAUUCCAUGCUUUUUAUAGAGGCAAGUGCCAAGACCAGGGACGGUGUUCAGUGUGCGUUUGAGGAGCUGGUGGAGAAGAUCAUCCAGACUCCCGGCCUGUGGCAGAGCGAGAUCCACGGCCGAGGAGUGCAGCUCACCGACGAGGACGCAGGAGGAGGAACCUGCGGCGGCUACUGCUCCCUAGUCUAGACAGCACAUACACAAAGAACACAAACACAUUCUCUCUCUCAAACACACACACACACACAUGUACAGACAUACACGUGUGAAUACAACACUCUGAACAAUAACAUAAACACACACUUGAAAGAACACUCUUCUUCCCGCUGUGUGCUGCCCUGAGUUGAGCUCCCUGCUCUGACAUGAAGGCAGUGGAGGUCUGACUGUCUCUGCUCCGCUGAGCUCGGGGACGACCGUCCACACACUCUACCUGUGUCCACACAGACACUACUUUUUGCACACUUUAUAAUAACAAUGCUGCGCUAAAAAUGCAAUAUGCAGCUCAGCCUUCCUCAACAGAAUUGAGUGAGUUGACCCUCCUCUGUUUUAUUCUUUGUGUUACAAUUUUGUGCAGUUUAAGGACCUCGGUCAAAAAUACAAAUACUUUUCAGUUUCUCUUUCUGCUUUGGACACUCGGCUCCAAACGUGUAUACCAAAUUAGUUCAGACAAAAGAUAAAAUGUCUGGAAUAGCAUUAUGAGAAUAGAAGAAAAACGUAUUUGACCAAGGUCCUUUCUCGUCUCAGCAUGCUUUUGUUCUCGGAGCAUCUUGCCUUAGCAAGCACAUCUGUAUAAGUGCAGGACUGACCUGACUUUUCUCCAGUGUUUGUCUUUCCCCUGCUCUGUCCUGUGCUUGAUCCCAACCCCCUCCCAGCACAGACUCUGUGAACUUAAUGCUUCGUAUAGUGAAACUUAUCAAGCCAACCGAUCUUGUAUUCCAUCUCACCACUCUCAGUUGAAAGCUUGGAUCAGCUGUCUGUGUUGUCCACACAACUGCCUCAUUUCUUCAGAAUAUAAUAGAGUUACCAAGUGUUGGGAAUGACGUUUCUCUGCUUUUAUUGACUUGCACUUCAAAACCAUCGGUCUGUUUUGAAGAGUGCGUAAAUCACAUAGAUUGGCACCAGCGAGUGCUCCACUGGGUGCAGAGUACCAGGGAACCACUUAAAAUUGCACAGCUUUUUUGUAAUGAGUUGCUUUAAUGGAGUGUGACCGACUGGCACCCCCUCACUCAGACAGAUAAUAUCAGUAAUAUCACUGGCAUUGCAGCAGUCUUUGAUAUGGAUUCCUUUGACUGUACAGAGACAAAGGAAAAGUGUUCAAUAUUAAACAGGGCAGUGAGUCAUGGGGGUGUUUCCACAGAAGUUGGAAAAUCAAAGAAAGAGCCAUGCGCUCCACAUUGCUAAUGGAUUUCACAGUACUCCUAUCUCUGUAUUUGUAUCUGAGUAGCAGUUAUAAAUGUACUGUACCCCUGACCUCUGAUUAUGUUUGUGGUAUUCGAGUGCUGGUAUACAGGCUGGGAAAUGUAGUUCAGAGAGUUUAAUGGUGCAACAGGGAUGGUGAAAAAGACAUGGAGAAUGUGUCUUAUCACACAUUGGAACUUAUUUUUUAAAUGUUUUUAAUUGCAUGGGAAAUUCUGUGUGCCAUUCUUUUUAUGUUUGUUUGUCCAGUGUAUGACCUUCAAAUGCUGUUUGCUACAAAUACCUUAACUUAUAUUUAGCUGAAAAUAUAACUUUGCAUACAGGGUUACCAUUUAGAUUUAAUGGUACAAUAAAAUAGGACAAAAAGUGAAGUAAGCUUUUACUUGUUAAACUGCUAUCGCUGUCUUUUUUGUGUUCAGAAACAUGUUUAAAUAUGUAAAGUUAUAAAUUGUGUGUAUUUUCGGAAUUUGGUGGGAUAAUUCCUGUAUGAAUUGUAAAGCUGAAUGUAUGCAAAUUUCACUACAAACCGCCCUGUGUAUUAAAAAAAAAUAAAAGUCUUUUUUUAAUUCAA